CACCCCAAUAUGGCGUAUUAUAAGACUACACACCUUUGAACUUCGAAAAAUUUGCUGUUAGUGUUACAUUACAUUUCAUGGUGCUUCCCAUAGCAAUCCAACCAUCUCGCCGCCCCGCCGCCUGACCUCCGCCGCCGCAGGCUUCUCACUGGAAAACAAAAAAAAGCCACCACCCAAAACCCACCUCUCCAAAAAUGUCAAAAAUUCCUCUCUCCAUACUCUCUCUCCUCUUCCUCAUCCUCCCCUUCCAUGGAACCUCCCAAACUACUACUUCUAAUUCAGAACAAUCAAUCUUAUUGAAACUGAAACAACACUGGUCUGACACAACACCCAUCAACCACUGGAACUCAACCUCUACCCACUGUGAUUGGCCUGAGAUCACCUGCACCAACGGCUCGGUCACCGGACUUUCACUUGUCAAUACAAACAUCACUGGAACAGUACCUCCCUUCAUUUGUGACCUCCUAAACCUUACCCUCAUUGACCUUCAAUACAAUUACUUUUCCGGGCCAUUCCCAACCGGUCUCUACAACUGUUCCAAGCUCAAAAUCCUUGACCUCUCACAAAACAACUUCACCGGUCCAAUUCCCAGCGACAUCGACCGGUUGUCAGCUCAGCUCCAGUCUCUCAACCUCGGUGGCAACAUCUUCACCGGCGACAUUCCCGCAGCAAUUGGGAAGUUCCCGGAGCUGAGAAUUCUCCGCGUUUUUCUAAAUGGGUUCAACGGCUCUUUCCCGUCAGAAAUCGGUAACUUGUUGAAUCUUGAACUACUGGAGAUGUCUUUUAAUAAUUUCUCACAGAUGGCUAUACCUUCGAGCUUUACCCAGUUGAAGAAACUGAAAGAAUUGCAUAUGAAAGAAUCAGGGUUGGUGGGAGAAAUUCCGGAAACAAUUGGGAAUUUGACGGCGCUUGAGGUCCUUGAACUGUCAAUAAAUAGCUUGACUGGUAACAUUCCAAGGGGUUUGUUCUUGUUGAACAAUUUAACAAUUCUGUAUCUUUUCAGAAAUCAGUUGUCCGGGGCAAUUCCUCAGGUGGUUGAAGCUUUGAAUUUGGUCAAAAUCGAUCUAUCCAACAACAACUUAAACGGAACAAUACCUGAUGAUUUUGGAAAAUUGACAAAAUUGUCGGAUUUGGAUCUAUUUUUCAAUCAAUUAUCCGGUGAGCUACCGGCAAGUAUUGGCCGCCUUCCCUCCUUGGAAGUCGUUAAAUUGUUUAACAAUAACCUCUCAGGGCUACUUCCACCGGACUUGGGAAAAUACUCGAUGCUCAAAGAGUUUCAGGUCCCUUCAAACCAUUUUACUGGUAACUUGCCGGAGUACUUGUGCGCUAAUGGGGCAUUGAUCGGAGUUGUAGCUUUUGACAACGAUCUAACAGGCGAACUGCCAAAUUCACUUGGGAAUUGCAGGAGCUUAUUGGUUGUACAAGUCAAUGGAAAUCGACUUUCUGGAAGCAUUCCAUCUGGUUUGUGGACAUCAAUCAAUGUGAUAACCUUGAUUCUCAAUGACAAUUCGUUUUCCGGUCAGCUUCCCGAUCAAUUAGCUUCUAAUUUGUCACGGAUCGAGAUUAGUAACAACAUAUUUUCCGGUGAAAUCCCCGCUGGAGUGUCAUCCUCGAAGGCUUUGACGGUGUUCAUUGCAAGAAACAAUCGCUUCACUGGUACAAUUCCUCAAGGAUUGACAGCUCUUCCUCUUUUGACAACUCUGUUGCUUGAUGGAAAUCAACUUUCUGGGCAUCUUCCAUCGGAUAUAAUCUCGUGGAAUUGGCUGAACACUCUACAUCUCAGUCGAAACCAGCUUUCCGGCCCAAUUCCUGCCAAAAUCGGGUCUUUACCUAGGCUUACUGAUUUGGACUUGUCAGGGAACGAGUUCUCGGGUCAAAUCCCACCUCAGAUUGGCCUUUUGAAGCUACAGUCGCUCAACCUGUCUUCCAAUCUUCUCACUGGGACAAUACCAGUUGAGUUCGAAAACAAAGCAUAUGAUAACAGCUUCUUGAACAAUUCUGGUCUUUGUGCAACUAACCCAUCACUACUAGGCAUUGAUAUAUGCUCAGGGCCUCAAAACUCCAGCAAAAUAUCCCCUCAAUUUCUCGCUGUGAUUGUAAGUACAGCAGCGGCCUUGUUUGCAUUGACCAUGUUCUUCAUGUUCCUCAUGGUCAAAACUUAUAGGAAAAGAGAGUGUGGAUUGGAUUCCAAGUGGGAGUUCACUCAAUUUCAAUUGUUGAAUUUCUCAGAGUCGGACAUUCUAUCCAGUCUGACUGAAAGCAACAUGAUCGGAUCUGGUGGUUCAGGGAAAGUGUACCGUGUAGCUUUGAACCGUUGGGGCAAAGUUGUCGCUGUCAAGAAGACCCGGAAUAUCAGAAAGCUGGAUGAGAAGGUUGAGAAGGAAUUCCUAGCAGAAGUUCAAAUUCUGGGCACGAUUCGCCAUUCCAACAUAGUGAAAUUGCUGUGCUGCAUUUCAAGUGAGACUACAAAACUCCUCGUCUAUGAGUAUAUGGAAAAUAGCAGCCUGGACCGGUGGCUCCAUGGGAAGAACCGGCAGUUGAGUGUCUCGGGUCCAGUCCAUCAUGCUGUCUUGGACUGGCCUCAGCGGCUUCAAAUUGCUGUGGGAACUGCCCGGGGACUGUGCUACAUGCACCAUGAAUGCUCACCUGCAGUAAUUCACCGAGACGUGAAAUCAAGCAAUAUUUUGUUGGAUUCUAACUUCAAUGCAAAGGUUGCAGAUUUUGGUCUAGCCAAGAUGGUAGUCAAGCAUGGAGAGACUAAUACAAUGUCAAUUGUGGCAGGUUCUGUUGGGUACUUAGCACCAGAGUAUGCUCACACAACAAGAGUGAAUGAGAAGAUUGAUGUGUAUAGUUUUGGUGUGGUCCUUCUGGAACUAGUUACUGGAAGGGAAGCCAACAACAAUGGGGAUGAAGAUACUUGCCUUGCCGAAUGGGCAUGGCGCCACGUUCAAGAUGGAAACCCCUUAGUUGAUGCCUUGGACGAGGAGGUUAAAGAACCUUGUUACCUGGAUGAAAUGACUUGUGUCUUCAAGCUCGGGAUCAUUUGCACGGGCACGUUUCCCUCAACUAGGCCUAACAUGAAGGAGGUUCUACAGAUCCUGCUCGGCUGUUGCAGCCAUCGACCAGAAUUAGGAGAGAAAAUUGAUGGAAGCGAGAAUGCUGGUGCUCCUCUCCUCAAGAAUUCCAGGCGUGAGAGAUUGUUGGACGAUGAGGAUGAUAGUUUGGUGUCCAAUGUUUAGUGGCUCUUCACUGCUAUUUAAAGAACCUGAUUAGCAUGAUGGGGAGAACAAAGAUUCACACAUGAGAAAUAGUUGUAGCUUAGAUUUCUCACAAACAUAUAUCAAGCAAUGAGUUUGAGAGAGAGAGAGAGAGAGAGAUAGAGAGAGACUGCCUAUAUCAUAUGAAAGAGGGGGUAGGAAAUGGUUCCUCACCAUGAUGUUGAAUACAAUAAAAUUCAGAAAUGUAUAAUAACCAUAAACUUCAUCCUUGAAUUUAGGCUCUGUUGAUGGUCCUUCAGGCUUUUGAUUUUUGUGCAAGCAUGAACUCUAAAACCACAACCUGUUUCUUACAAGCAUGAACAUAUUGAGUUGUAACCAAAUUAAGAAACACAGUUCAUAAUAUGAGAACCUGCAGCUGUUAGACAGUAUAUCAAGCACAGUAGCAAAAAUGCCAAUAGUCCCAGUGCACGAAGCUGCCACCACUGCAGGUGCAUGUGGAGAGACUAUUUCAUGGUUUGAACCCGUGAUGCCCAGAUUAUAAUGGAGCAGCCUUUUUUUUUUUUUGUGGGUAAAUUAUGAAACAAGGCCUAUCCUCCAUCAACAAAACGAAACAAAAAGAAAAAAACAAAUUAACAAAACCUUAAUGCUAUGAUAAGGCCUAUCCUCCAUUACGUUAAAGGAAUGAAAUGUGUUUGGUGUAGUAAAAUGCAACUACAUCUACAGAAGCAGUUCCAGGGUUAAGAUUUGCAAACAGGCAAUGCCUAAAAUUUGACUCUGCUACCAAUCCAAAUCAGAUCUGCUGAAAUCCUGUAGUCUGCCUACAACAAAAUUGUAACUAGAAAACACCUUCACAAAACACAGAUGACAGAAAGAGGAAGCAUCCAACGUAACACACCCACGUGCAUUUUUCUAUUUAAAUGAAGUGCACAUGCACAUGAGAUCAUAUAAGAGUUUCCCUUACACGCUUGGAACUACUGAGCAGAAUCUACCAAAAGAAAUCUAAAAACUCAACAGGGAGUACAAUAACAACUGCAAUCUGCCAUUUAUUAUCUAUUGCAUGAGAAAAUGAGGUUACACUAGUAUCAACACACGCUUUUCAGCCCUGGAAAAAAAAAAAAAAAAAAGAUAAAGCAGGACAAGGCAACAAUUGAAAAGCU